AUGCUCCCGCUCCCGCUCGCUCUCCUGCCCCUGCUCCUGCUCCUGCUCCUGCUCCUGCUCUUGCGACUCUCCUCUUCCUCGCCCCAUGUCUCCUUCAGGUGGGAUCUUGACGCGGCUGAGAACGUGCUUGCCCUGCGGAUGGUCCGGAUGCCUCCCAAGGAAGCGAGGCUCAAGACGUAUCUGCUAUCAAGGCCCAAGGGAGGAAACUUCGACAGCCUGCAGGAGAUUCUCGCCAUCUUCUCCGCUGGGGUCGUACAACUCGGGGCUCCGAUGCGGGGGGUUGCGAUCUAUCGGGUGCUAGUGGUGAUCAACCCUUACUCGGGGAGGAGGCAUGCGAACCAAGUGUGGCAGUCGGUUGCGGAGAUGUUCAGCCUUGCUGGGAUCGAGACUGACUGCCAUCAGACGCAGCACGCGGGACAUGCGCGAGACAUACUGAGGGAGUGCGAGCUAUCUCUUUACAAUGGGGUGAUCGCUGUUGGAGGCGACGGAACAGCGAACGAGGUCCUAACAGGUCUGCUUGAGAACUCUCUUAACCUAGAGCGAGGAGAAGGAGCUCCUGCCUCUCCUCCCUUUGGCAUCAUCGCUGCUGGAACGGAUUGCACGCUCGCCAAGUUCAUCAGCUCUACGGAUCCCUUGGCUGCAGCUAGGGCCAUCAUUCGAGGGUGUGAAGUGCGUCCGAUGGACCUACUCCAAGUCCAGCAUGGCGACGAGCAGCGAUACAGUGCGUGUGGAGUAGGAUGGGGGAUUCCUGGGCACAUCGCAAGAGACUCAGAGUCUCUCAGGAAGACCUUUGGGGUUCAUCGCUACACCAUCAGUCUGUUGAAGAAUCUGGUGCAUCUCAACCCGGUAGCGGGGACAGUGAGGAUCCGGCCGGCGAUCGUGGACGAGGAGAUGAAGUUGAAGCCUUGCGGACCUUCCUGUGACAUCUGCAGCCUGCCGAUGGGUGAGAUGGCCGGGGACAGGGAGGAGGAGGAGACGGUCUCCGGCAAGUUUCUUUUCGUGGCCUGCCUCAAAGCUGACGCUAUCGAAGACAGAGAAGACUUCCUGCCCGUUCGUGCACCUGGCAGGUGGGAAGAAUCGAUGAGAGGGGAGGGGAAGGUGGGAGAUGGAUGUUUGGACGCGUUUCUUGUUGAGGACUUGAACCUCCUGGACCUAGCACACCUCUACCUCUCGAUGGGACCUGACGGCAAGCACAUGGACAACGGCAACUUCAAGCACUGGAAGGCCAAGUCGGUAACCAUCAUCCCCGACGACAGGUCCGAUCAUCUCAACUUCGACGGGGAGGCGGGUGAAGGGAUCGGAACCACAGUCAGUGUCUUGCCGCGAGUCUGUCAAGUUUUCUUCGCGCAGUGA